UGCAUCUAGUGUGGAACGCGCUUAAUGUGUUACCGCAUUUAGUUUUAAACGCCACCGUAAUUCUGAAGUGAGAAAUUGGGGAAUCACCAUGGUCCUCCAUGGUUGAGGGAAUCGACCUAUAUAAAGGAGAGCACAAGCUGAGCACAGCACUACAUGGUAUCCACAACAGAAGACCACAACAGCUACCAUUAUGAGCAGCCAAGUCGACACCAUCAUUUUAGUCUCUGAGGAUGAGGGGAUUGAUAUUCCGAGUCCAGGGUUCAUUGAUGUCCAACCUAAUGUUGUAUAUGUCUGCGAUGCAUCAACGCAGACAGAAAAUCUCGUUGACGGGGAAGAAGUGCGUCUCGCUGACGAGGAGAACGUGGACCUCGUUAACAUGGAAAACGGGGAUCUUGAUGCUAUUGAUAUUGACUUUACACAGGUUGAAGUUGUGGAGCUACUACGUACAAUGGGCUUGACUAUGGAAGAUUUUAAUAAUUUUAAAAAUCUUGGUCAAUGUGUGGUGGAAGCUGAUGAUCUUUCUGAUAUACGACCAUCAACUCCAGAGGCAAAUAGUCUCUGACGUAGAAGAAGAAGGAGAAGAGACAUGUUACCGAUGCGAGCGGAGACGCUAUUGUCGAAAGCACAGACGUAGACAUCACCAUCGCAGCCAUCAUCAUCAUCAUAGUCGUUAUCAUCGUAGCCGUCAACAUCCAUUUAAACAAAAUUAAAUCUGUAGAAUAUUAUUAUAGAUUUGUUUAAUCUAAAUUUUAUUGUAAUAAAAAACUAAUUUUACUAA